AUGAUCGAGGAGCUCAGCAACGCCACGCUGCCGGCACUCCUGGUGUUCCAGCGCGCCGGCACGCUCUUCAACGAGGUCGAGGUGGCGCUGAACCCGCCCGCGAGCGUGAAGUCCAUGUCCUUCAUGACGGGCAAGGACGCUCCCGGACUGGAUCCCGUCUGCUGGAAGGUCGAGGGUUUCGUGGAGGACGCAAACGGGGAGGGUUGCUGGAAGCAUCUGGUCUGGCAAGACAAGCCGUACGCGCCCCCCUUCAAGCGAGAGACCGAGCUCUGCGUCGUCUUCGACGUGGAGCAUUGGAGGGUGGAGGCGGCGGGAGGCCGUGCGCGGAACUCAAAGGUGGGCAGCAUCACCCUCCAGUCUUUCCUGCCGGUGGUGCAGGAGCGCUUGAGCUUCUUCACGGCCUCGCUUCGCAGCCUCCUCCGGUCAUCGGAGAAGUAUGGGAUCCGUGCGGGCAUCGACACGCUUCUGGAUAGCCACAUCGGCAACGUGCCCUCCCUGACGCAGGUCAUCCCCUGCUACAACGAGACGGUGAUUUUAAGCAAGCAGUUCCUGCAAGAUGACGACGGGCUGAAUAGCAACCUCGCCUUCAUCAUCUCGCAGUUCCCAGAAGAGUGGCCAGGGCUGUUGGGGGCCGUGAUGGAAAUUAUCUUGGCCAUCCCCCAUGGCCUAAGCCCUGCAUCCUCCGAGCCUUUGAGCUCAUCUCUACGGGUGGGGGAAAUCGGUUCGGAGCUCUUGAAGCUGUAA